UUGCGGAAGUAGUUGAGAGUAGGAAGAUGGCGCUCGUACGGGCUCUUUUGAUUGUGACGGUGUGUGUUUAUGCGAGCGCCGGGUCCUUGGAGUCCGCUCUGGGGGACAGUGCUUCAUGUCAUGGAGUUUGCGAAGGGACAUACCCUCUGCACACAUACCCUGAGGAGGAGGAACUUUUUGCCUGUCACAGGGGCUGUCGGCUCUUUACAAUCUGUCAGUUUGUGGAGGAUGGCGUUGACUUGAAUAAAACGAGAACGGAGUGUGAAUCAGCUUGCAUGGAAGCCUAUCCUCAAUCCAAUGAGCAGUAUGCCUGCAACCUGGGCUGCCAAAGCCAGAUGCCUUUUGCAGAGAAGAAACAGAAAGAGCUGUCCGAUAUGAUGCCUCGCAUUCAUCUACUCUUCCCGUUGACUCUGGUGAGAGCCUUCUGGAGCGACAUGGUGGAUUCUGCACAAGACUUUGUCACGUCCUCCUGGACCUUCUACGUGCAGGCGGAUAGCGGGCAGAUUGUUGUAAUCCAGUCUCCGCCUGAAGUUCAGCACAUCCCACAACUGCAGCCAGGAAGCCCACCAUUGACUGACAUUAUGAUGGAUAAAUCACCAUCUGACCUUACACCAGAUGGAGAAGGUCCUUGGAGCCACAGAGCAGGUUUUCUGGAGUUGGAGAGCAAUGAUGGCCUCAUGAAAUGCUUUUCUUUGAAUUCAAACUGGCUUCUCACUGCCUCCCUGAUACUUUCCGUCCUCGUGUUGCUUUGGAUUUGUUGUGCGACGGUAGCUACAGCAGCUGAUCAGUACAUCCCUAAUGAGAAACUGAGUAUCUAUGGUGAUCUGGAAUACAUCAAUGAACAUAAGCUUUGCAAAUACUCGCCGGCAUCUAUUGUGGUUCUCCGAGGAAAACCUGAGGAAAAUGAAGAAGCGGGACCAUUACCAGCCAAAGUAGAUCUGUCACAUUCAUCCAUAUAAGUCAGGGAAAUGGCAGCCUUUUUUUCCCCCCUCUUGUCUUUAACGUCUUAAAUUCUGAGGAGAGUCUGGAUUUUCCUCUGUAAAGAAAUAAAAAAGGAGCUGAAGAUCACACCGUACUCUGAGAAUCGAAGUCCCUUGGACAGUGUAAACGUCUAGUCUUAGUCCGUUUGUUCUGGUGUGGCUGUGGUUCGGAUGAUGCUGUGAUUGUCUUUUGAGGUUAGAGAUAAUUAUUUUCUAUUAUGGGUGCUUGAAAUGUUUACCCUAAUCUUAGGCGUUCCCGGAAACUUCUUCCAGAACUGGAUUGAUCGGUAGUGUCCGUGCCGUGAGUCUGAUUGUUACAAAGCCUAACAUGCUGCAGGUUAAUAUGACUGCCUGCGGUUUGUAUUGCUUUUAGUUUUUAUCUCGGUGAUGGGGCUAAGGCCAACUAUUGGUGAUGCACUUGAAGCAGAAUAGCGUACAGUAGUUAAACAAAUUAAUCAUAUACAUUGUACAAGUGUUUUGUUUUUUGGUUAUUAAAUAAAUCUUUAAUUACAUUUAAAUUCUGCUUCUUUUGCUGGCAAACUUGCACAGAUGCUUUGCUUCUGUAGGCUUUUUUUUGACAAACAUUUUAAUGUAUUAAAAGCAAAUCAUUUAAGCCUGCUACUGUAGUAUUCAUUUUUCGUUGGGUGAGAAGUAUAUACCGUAUGUGGGUGCAAUAUUUUUUUUUCAUUUUCAUCAGAUUAAGCCCCUGUACGAUUUAUAAUAUCAUUUUUGAUAAAACGACAAGUUUUUAUGGUAGAACAUCAUAUUUCUGGCUGGUAAACAUAAGUAAUUUUAGUGGACAAUAGAGGUGUAAGAGCGUUAAUGUUUAGAAGAUUACUGAUGUUUAAUUCCACAGAUACACUUUAAUAAAAUGUUACUUAUCAAAAA